AUGCAAAACCAAAGCUUUAUAACCGAGUUUGUUCUCCUGGGACUUUCAGAGAAACCACAUGUACAGAAAAUUGUUUUCAUUAUAUUCCUGUUCAUCUACAUUGCAACAGUCUGUGGGAACCUGCUUAUAGUGGCGACCAUCAUCAGCAGUCCAGCACUCAUGGGCUCCCCGAUGUACUUCUUCCUGGUUUUCCUGUCCUUACUGGAUGCAUGUUUCACCUCUGUUAGUGCCCCUAAAAUGAUUAUAGACUGCCUCUACGAGAAGAAAACCAUCUCCUUUGGAGGUUGUAUGACCCAGAUCUUUGCUGUGCACUUCUUUUCAGGGGCAGAGGUGAUUGUCCUCACCGCCAUGGCCUAUGACCGGUAUGUGGCCAUCUGCAAACCCUUGCACUACACUUCUAUCAUGAACUCAAGACUCUGUGGCAUUCUAAUUGGAGUAGCCUGGACAGGGGGCUUUCUGCAUUCCAUUAUACAAAUUCUCUUUACUUUUCAACUUCCUUUCUGUGGCCCCAAUAUCAUUGAUCACUUUAUGUGUGACCUGUACCAAAUACUUAAACUUGCCUGCACUGAUACCUAUAUCUUUGGCCUUUUGGUGGUGGCCAACAGUGGAUUCUUCUGCAUCCUGAUCUUUUCCAUGUUGCUUGUGUCCUAUAGUGUCAUCUUGUUCUCCCUGAGAAAUCACAGCACUGAAGGACAGAGGAAAGCCCUGUCCACCUGCGGAGCUCACGUCGCGGUUGUGGUUUUGUUCUUUGUUCCAUGUAUAGUUGAAUAUGCACGGCCUCCAGCUUCUUAUUACUUUGACAAAAUAAUGGAGAUAUUCUGCAGUGUUCUAACUCCUUUACUUAAUCCUUUGAUUUAUGCUUUCAGAAACAAGGAAGUGAAAAAUGCCAUGAAGAAUCUGUGGAAUAAAAUAAUGGUCGUUUCUGUUGAAAAAUAA